AUGGUGAAUGACAUGUUUGAUGACGUGGGAGAAGGCUUUGGUAGAUCCCUAUUUGCGGAUGACGGAGCAGUGUGGAAGAGGGGGCGCAACAUCGAGUACUUGAUGAGAGAGAUGCAGAGAGCUCUGGACAAGGUGCAGGGUUGGGCGGACAAGUGGGGCUUCAGGCUGUCAGUAGCUAAAUCCAAUUAUGUGAUAUUUGGCAGGAAAAAGACUGUUGGCAGGCUGGGGCUUGGGCUUUAUGGAGAACAACUGUUCAUAAAGCCUUAUACUUAUCACUCCAAUAUCUGUUUCCUAACUCCACAGCCUAAAGGAAAGAAGGCUAAGGGGAAGAAGGUGGCUCCGGCCCCUUCUGUGGCCAAGAAACAUGAGGCCAAGAAGGUCGUCAACCCCCUCUUUGAGAAGAGGCCCAAGAACUUUGGCAUCGGCCAGGAUAUUCAGCCCAAGCGUGAUUUAACACGCUUUGUGAAAUGGCCUCGUUAUAUCCGCCUGCAAAGACAACGCUCCAUCCUCUACAAGCGUCUGAAGGUUCCCCCUGCAAUCAACCAGUUCACCCAGGCUCUGGAUCGCCAGACUGCCACCCAGCUGUUCAAGUUGGCCCACAAAUACAGGCCAGAGACCAAGCAGGAGAAGAGGCAGAGGCUGCUCGCUCGUGCUGAGCAGAAGGCUGCUGGAAAGGGAGACACUCCCACCAAGAGGCCUCCUGUUCUUCGUGCAGGUGUGAACACCGUCACCUCUCUGGUGGAGAGCAAGAAGGCCCAGCUGGUCAUCGUUGCCCACGAUGUGGAUCCAAUUGAGCUCGUUGUGUUCCUGCCUGCUCUGUGCCGGAAGAUGGGUGUCCCAUACUGUAUCGUCAAGGGCAAGGCUAGACUGGGCAAACUGGUGCACAGAAAAACGUGCACUUCAGUUGCCUUCACAACGACUAACCCGUAAGUGUGAUCAUAAAGCUGUAUUGGUU